AUGUAUUCCCCGCACAUAGUGUUGGCCCUAUUCCUGGCCCUUGGCCUGGCCACCGGCCUGGAGCUGAAUCUUAGCCUAAACCUGAAACCGAACCCCAACUUUAAGUUAAAGUUGCCGACCAACAAGAAGAUCCUUGGCCUGCAGCAGCAGACAGAGGUCCUGGCUGCCCAGGAUCCGCAGAAAACUCAGCAGUGCUUCAACUACUACAACCCGAUCCUCAGCGGGAUUACGAAUCAGUAUGAGAAGAACUACGGGCAGUGCAAUCAGGAACACACCACAGGCAGUAACCAGGUGAUCCUCACCUUCAACCGGACUCUGUACGAUAUCCAGGAUGCUGCGGAUCAAGGCUGCUCAGCCUUCUGGCCCUGCGGUUCCAUUGUGGACUAUGUGGAGGCCUUCCAGUGCUUUGCCAAUGCGGCUGCUGAUGAAUCAAAGAUCUUGUACCAAGUGUCGGCCAAUGCCACUGAUGCGGCUGGCAACCUAAAGAUCCAUCUCCAGACCCUGGACACCCAGCUGGAGAUCUGUGUGAACAAUGCCGAGAGGGAUUACGUUGAGGGAACCACCAGCUCCUAUGAGGCUCUCAAAAAUUGCCUCGAUGGAGGCAGUUUGCCUGCAGGAACAACUACUCCUGGAGGUUGGGUUACCACUACGAGUGGAGUGGAGUGGAGAUCGAAGAUCGGGGAAGGAGGAAACCAACCAGGCGAUCACCGAUCGGGCUUCAAAGAGCCCGAAAUUAACAUUGAGGCGCGAAGAGAAACUUUCCUUUCGCCGGACGAUGCCAAUGAUUUCACCCAGUGCCACAUAUUGAGCAUAUUGGCCAAUGCCAGCGGCGAAGGAGAAGGCGAAGACGACAUCACCUAG